UGUCAUGUCACCACUCCGGGAUGUGGCUCCGAUCAGCCACUUCUAAAAAACCGAAAAAACCCAACCGCAAAGCCAAACCCACCACCACUUUCCACUUUCCGCAUCACCUUCCAGUUAACUCUCUCUCCGCUGCUUCCCAUCAAAGCCGCCAAAACCAUGGCCUGAAAUUCCCUAUCUAACCCCCCCCCCCCCCCUCAAAAAAAAAAAAAACCAUGGAAACUCUCCCUUACCCACUCUCCCUUUCCAAGUACAGUUCUCUCCUGCCGAGUCGCUCAGCUACCUGCCGAGUCAACUCGCCCAGGCCUUUUACCCUUUUUUACAAUCAAGCCCUCCGUUCUUCCUCAAUUUUCUUCCCAACGUUUCCUUCUCGCCCUCGCAAUUUCCUCCAUCUCCGUUGUGCUGCUCACGCUGCCGAUCAUCAUCAUCAUCAUCAUCAUGACAAUACUCAUCACCAUGAUCACCACGACGGCGAUCAUAACCACCGUGACAACCACCACCACCACCACCACCACCGUUGCGGUGACUGUGCCGAGCUGACCGGACCUCAGCAAGCACUUCUCAAAUUCGCCACGGCCGUCAAAUGGACCGACUUGGCCGAUUUUCUGAGAGAGAACUUGCAUUUUUGUUGCUUUUCCACCUCUCUGUUUCUCGCCGCUGCUGCUUGCCCUUACUUGCUGCCCAGGCCCACCGUCAAGCCUCUACAAAACGCUUUCAUUUCCAUCGCUUUUCCUCUUGUUGGGGUCUCUGCAUCACUUGAUGCUCUUAUUGAUAUUAGUGGUGGAAAAGUAAACAUCCAUGUAUUAAUGGCACUAGCGGCCUUUGCAUCAGUUGUUAUGGGGAACGGCUUGGAAGGAGGGUUGCUGCUUGCCAUGUUUAAUCUGGCUCACAUUGCUGAAGAGUAUUUUACCAGUCGCUCUAUGAUUGAUGUUAAAGAGUUGAAGGAAAAUUAUCCUGAUUUUGCCCUUGUGCUGGAUAUAAAUGAAGAUGAACUUCCUAAUACCUUUGAUUUGGCAUACAAAAGGGUUCCUGUGCAUGAUGUCGAAGUGGGUUCUUAUAUCUUGGUUGGAGCUGGUGAGUCUGUGCCUGUAGAUUGUGAAGUAUUCCAAGGCAGUGCAACCAUUACUAUUGAGCACUUAACAGGAGAAGUCAAACCAUUGGAGAUAAAAGUCGGGGACAGGAUUCCUGGUGGUGCAAGGAAUUUAGACGGUAGGAUGAUUGUGAAGGCAACAAAGACAUGGAAAGAGUCUACACUUAGUAGGAUAGUGCAAUUGACUGAAGAAGCACAUUUGAAUAAACCAAAACUUCAAAGAUGGCUUGAUCAAUUUGGUGAGCGUUAUAGCAAGGUGGUUGUAGUUCUGUCUCUUGCAGUUGCUCUGAUUGGUCCAUUUCUGUUCAAGUGGCCAUUCGUUGGUACAGCAGCUUGUAGGGGAUCAGUUUAUAGAGCAUUGGGUCUCAUGGUGGCAGCAUCACCAUGUGCUUUGGCUGUAGCUCCAUUGGCUUAUGCUACUGCAAUUAGUUCCUGUGCAAGGAAGGGAAUAUUGCUGAAAGGUGGGCAUGUGCUAGAUGCUCUUGCUUCUUGCCGCACUAUAGCAUUUGACAAAACUGGGACAUUAACAACAGGGGGGCUAAUGUUCAAAGCAAUUGAACCAAUUUAUGGACAUCAUGUCAGAAAUAAUAGCACAGGACUUUCUUCCUGCUGUGUACCCAGCUGUGAGAAAGAAGCUCUUGCUGUUGCAGCUGCUAUGGAAAAGGGUACCACUCAUCCUAUUGGAAGAGCUGUGGUAGACCAUAGUGUUGGGAAAGACCUUCCUUCUGUUUCUGUUGAGAGUUUUGAGUAUUUUCCAGGAAGAGGACUUGUUGCUACUCUCAAUAGCUUUGAGUCAGAAACUGGAGGAAGUAAACUGUUCAAGGCUUCACUAGGCUCUGUAGAUUUCAUCACUUCACUUUGUAAAUCUGAAGAAUCAGAAAAGAUAAAGGAAGCUGUGAAUGCAUCUUCAUAUGGAGGUGAAUUUGUUCGUGCUGCCCUUUCAGUCAAUAAAAAGGUAACACUUAUUCACCUUGAGGAUAGGCCUCGACCUGGGGUUUUGGAUGUCAUAGCAGAAUUACAACAUCAUGGAAAGCUCCGAAUAAUGAUGUUAACUGGUGACCACAAGUCAAGUGCAUAUAGAGUUGCAAAUGCUGUGGGAAUUAAUGAAGUUUACUGCAGCCUGAAGCCUGAGGAUAAACUCAGUCAUGUGAAGGAUAUCUCAAGGGAUAUGGGGGGUGGACUUAUUAUGGUUGGUGAAGGCAUAAAUGAUGCCCCAGCGCUUGCUGCAGCCACUGUAGGAAUUGUGCUUGCCCAACGUGCUAGCGCAACUGCCAUAGCUGUAGCAGAUGUAUUGUUAUUGCGGAACAAUAUAUCCGGUGUACCAUUCUGUGUCGCUAAGUCUCGCCAAACAACAUCAUUGGUGAAGCAAAAUGUAGCCCUUGCUUUAACUUGUAUAGUUUUGGCCUCUCUUCCAUCUGUUAUGGGUUUUCUGCCCCUAUGGUUGACGGUUCUUUUACAUGAAGGUGGUACUCUUCUAGUUUGCCUCAACUCCAUACGUGCUCUAAAUGACCCCACAUGGUCCUGGAGCCAGGAUCUGCUGCAUUUGCUGCAGAAACUAAAAUCUAGGCUCAUAUUAUCCAGUAAACAUAAGGCCGCCUCAAGCUCAGUUCAACCUGCACCUCUGUGAUGCGCACUUGGGUUUUUUCUCCUUCCCUGUUUAUAAUUCUUUUUGUCAUGUUGUUUUACAGAAAUUAGCAUAUUUCAUUCUCAAAUUAAAAAAAUAAAAAAUAGCUUAUUUCACGUUGA